AUGGCAGUGUCAGGGCUGAGGAGUUUAAGAGAGCAGGAAGUGUGCUGCUGCUCCUGGACAUUUAGAGUUCCAUGUUGUCUUUGUGUGUCCAUGUUAAGACAAGCUUUGUCCCAGUCCAACGUGACGCGUUUGGGUUUGGUGGAGCGAGUGUUGUCGUGUAGCAUUGCCUCCCUCAGCUUUUUGGUAUUUCUCUUCAUCAAUGGGAUUAUGAUGUUCACCUUGAGAAGUAAACCUGUGUUUCGGGAGACAUCUCGCUACAUCCUGCUGUUUCACCUCCUCCUGGCAGACACGCUGCAGAUGGCAAUCACCCAGUUGUUGUAUCUCAUGCACAUGUGUCGGAUCAUCAUCACAUACCCUCAGUGUGGCGUACUGAUCAUGCUGGCCUACCUGACCAAUGAUAUCUCUCCUCUGGUGCUGGUGGUGAUGUCGCUGGAGAGAUAUGUGGCUGUGUGCCACCCUCUCAGACACGCCUCCAUCAUCACCGCCAAGAACACGGGGACUGUCGUGCUCGCUGUUUGGAUCUUUUCCUUACUUAAUGUUCUCACUCGAGUGCUUUUGCUGUUAAACUUCCCUUUUGAUGAGCUGGAGACUCUGCAAAUGCAUGAACAGUGUGGCAGCACCAGCAUGUUGCUGCUGCCUGUGUCUGAUCAUUACAGAACAGCCUCCACAAGUUUUCUGUUCACCUUGGCAAGCUUGACCAUUGUUUUUAGCUACAUCGGAGUGAUGGUGGCCGCCAGGUCGUCAUCCACGGACAAGGAGUCGACCCAUAAAGCUCAGAAGACGCUGCUGCUGCACCUCGUACAGCUGGGCCUCACCCUCUUGUCAGGCAUCCACACUACUGUCCUCAUGUUUUUGUAUAGGGUUACUUCCUGGAUUACCUUUAUACGAAUGCAGUCUUUCAUGUUUGUGGUUUUUUUUUUAAUACCCAGAUGUAUGGGUUCUCUCAUCUACGGGCUGAGAGAUCAAACGAUCAGGGCCGUCCUCGCAUACUAUCUCUACUAUCUCUGCUGUCCGCUCAAAGUGGCAGCCGCUCCUGUCAAAGCCAUGCUUGUGUCCUGA